ACAAAAAUGCUGUAGCGGAAUUUAUUCAUAUAUAAUCUGAGUAUCUUGGGUGCAUCUUUGAGACUAGUAAAAUCACGUUGCCAGAGCUCGUCUUUACGAUGACGCAAGUACCUGAUCGUGUACAGGGCAACUCUAACGCCUGUACUAGUAACCCACAGUUUGCUGAUACCGCACUUUUCAAUCAUGAUUAUGCUCUUCUUGAUCAUAAUUAUACUGUACCACGAGCUGAUCUGCCAGCUUUGAAUAUAGCUGACGAAGUCGAUCCAGACUUGAAUGACAUUAAAGAUUAUUAUGUGCUCGAAAAUAUCGGAGCAAAAUAUUCCCAGAAAUUUUCAGUUUCGUUCGAAACUUACAAAUGUACAGUGACGGGGCUGGAUAAUCUAUCGUUCAAGUAUGCUGUUAAAACGAUAACACUCGUUUUGAAAGAUAUUCUGGAGAGUGUGAUUGCUGCGAUUCCAGCGCAUAACCUGGUGCGAAUCCGCAUGUAUCAAAAUGCUCUGCAGUAUCCAAUUUGGAUGCCACCUAUUCGGCGGGACCAAAUAACAAUUGAACGGUGGAUGACGACAAUAAGGCGGAUUCUAAACUCUAAUCAGGCUUUUCUGCUAGACGAAUCAUUUGAACUGUCAGUCCAGCACACUGAUUUGCCAUCCGGAUCAUGCAGAAAAAAUGUAUCAAAAUUGUUGCAGCGGAUUUUAGACAACAAAAGAUGUAUUACCCAGAUUCGAAAUACGGACUGUUUGUGUAUGGCCAGGGCUAUAGUUGUGGCACAAGCGCAUGCAGAUGGCGACAAAGAGCUGUACACAAAGCUUUACCGAACCAUAAAGUUGCAAGACCAGAAGACAAAAGAAUUAUUGUUGACUGCCAACCUGCCAAACAGAGAAUUCAACGUGCAAGAUAUUCCCCGCUUUGAAGAAGUUUUACCGAAUUAUCAGUUUAUUGUGGUAUCUGUGGAUCAUGGAAAUUCUAUCGUCUACUGCGGCGCCUACUGCGAAAAGCGAAUUAUGCUGCUGCAUCACGAUCAACAUUUUGAUGUUUUAACAUCUUUACCGGCCUAUUUUGAGCACCACUAUUACUGUUACCGUUGCAUGAAAGGCUACGAUCAAAGACAGUAUCACCGCUGCGAGUUCAAGUGCCACCAGUGUUUGUCUGCAACUUGCAAAAUGAAUAAGCAAGAAACCAUACACUGUCUGGACUGUAACCGCGAUUUCUAUGGGCAAGAUUGUUUUGACAGACACCAAGCUGGGAGCAGCACCAUCUGCGCAAAUUUUUUCAUUUGCCGUGAGUGUAAAACCUUUGUCUCCAUGGUAAAUCGCCGUAUGAAGACCAAUUACGAUACAAUUCAUGGUGAGGACAAUGACCAGGACCACGAUAUUGCUAAGGAAAUCGAACUAGAUGUUGACGAUCAGCAACAUCGAUGUGGUGAGGUUUUGUGUGCGACUUGCUCGUUAUUCUAUAUGCCGGAGGAAAACCAUGUGUGUUAUAUGAAACCCGUGGAAUUUACGGAUAAAGAAAAGGCCAAGCACCAUAACGACAAGCUGGCAUACUUUGACCUGGAAACAUAUCAAGACGAGAGUGGAGAAUUUAAAGUCAACCUAGCGGUGAUCGCGACAAAAAAUGAAAAAUUUAUUCUUCCAAAAACGGUAAUAUUAACGGCGACAUUUCACAAGAACUUGGCGAUUUCAUUUUCAGUGAGCGUUUCCGUGGCUACACAUUUAUGGCGCACAAUUUGAAGGGAUUUGAUGGAUACUUCAUUUUGAAUUAUCUCGUGAAAAACGGCGUUAUUCCACGUCCGCUUAUUUUCAACGGGAGCAAGGUUAUGCAGAUGGACGUGCCCAAACUCAAAAUAAAAUUUCGUGACUCUAUGAACUAUGUACCAUCAUCGUUAAAAAAUUUUGCGAAAGCAUUUGGUUUGCAAGAAACCAAAGGAGAUUUCCCACACAAACUUAAUACCCCUGAAAACUGAAAUAAAAUAACUGCUUGGCCCGAUCGUCAUGACUAUGGCUAUCAGUCUAUGAAAAAGAAAGAACGAAAGCGCUUCAUGAAAUGGUACCGCAAAGAGCGACGCCGUCACAGGAACAAAUUCGACUUUAAUGCACACUUUAUCAAGUAAGCUAAACCCUUAUGCUAUUUACAGAAUCGAACUUAUCCGAUUCGUUUUAGGUAUUGCUCACAAGAUGUCCUCAUUUUGCAACAAGCGUGCGAAAAAUUUCGAGCGCUUUUCCAACAGGUAACCGAUGGAUUAUGCCCAUUUGCGUCUGGACUAACCACACCCGGCAUGUGCAAUUACUUUUGGAGAGCGCGAAUGCUGAAGGAAAACCAAAUUGCGUUGAUCGGCCCUCCU